UUUAUUAUUUGUACUUAUCCAAGUCGUCAGUGAGUCGGUAAGACCGGCUGGGGAAGCACGGAUCGCAGUUAUUAGGUUUAUUUGUAAACAAGGAAAAUGAUACGAAAACUAGUUUUUGUGCUAACAGGACUCGCAUUUGCUCAAUCUCAAGAUGUCAAAGCAUUCAUGGAUGUGGACUACGAAGCCGACGGCGCUCAAAACUUAAAAUGGGCGGUUGAAGUAUAUGAGUACUCUAAUGGACAGCCUCAGCAUUCCUGUGGAGGGUCGCUUGUCACACCGACAGCUGUCAUAUCAGCUGCUCGAUGCUUCUGGGCCAAAGGAGAGCAGAAGUCGGCCUCCAACUUGGUGGUGGCGAGAACCUAUGGAGGCAUCGGCGUUGGCACUGACUGGAACACCGUGCAGACGGCUAAAGUCCGUACAAUCCACCUCCCCCUAUCUUAUAAGGACAGCGAAGGACUUUACGCCAAUGACAUUGCCGUGCUGAUACUUGAGGAGCCAAUGCGUGGUGUAAUGCCUAUAUGCAUUAACUUCGAUAAGGUGAUGGAAGAAAAGCAUCUGACUGAAGGGAACUUUGGUAGGAAUAUGGGCACCCUCCAGCUAGCUGGCUACGGUCUCCCGUCCCCACUCUUCACUGCAUUAGAGGUCCCCUACGUGCCCGAAGACCGGUGCAAGCAAUAUUCUGACUUGUUCAGAGAGCAGCUCACGGCGGAUAAGAUAUGCACUGGAUUUAAGCCAGGUCCGGGCAACAAGCCAGAGUCCCUGAUCUGUCGAGGAGACCACGGCAGCGGCCUGGUGUUCUACAGCGGUACCGAGUGGAACGCGAUACCGUACCUGCGUGGAGUAGCGUCCACACCCUUCCCGGGACCUACUGGACCUUAUGGGACCUACAGCUCUUGCUCUACAUACAGGUAUGCCGCUUUUACACGCAUUUCUUCGCACCGAAGGUUUUUGGAGCAUCACUUACCCGGUAUAGAGGAUAAGUGUGCGCAGUACUACAAGACUAAUACUGUCAACAUUGAAUGUGACUGCAAUUGUAAAAAUAAUACGACCAGUGAAUAAUAAUAUUGUGCUACGUGGGGCAUAAGUUAAAUAUAGCGAUUGCAAAAGUAUAAUUUGUAUAUUAUUACUCCCCGCCCGCCCGAGCUCUUGAAAUUUCAGAACGACUUCGGGAAAAGCUUUUUCUUUAACUCAAGCAAGAGUGAUGGAAAAUUUUAUUUUGGAGUUUUGGAGUAACUCUUACCCGGUAUAGAGGGUAAGUGUACGCAGUACUAUACUAACAAUUUUGAUAACCUAAAUGAUAAAUUAAAUAAUAAGAUGUAAAUUGUAUAUUUUCGACACAAAUAAUAAAAAAUUAAUUUAACGUAAUUUUGAACAAUCAUUAAUUUGAAAUGUAUACUUACCUAACUAAAUUUAUGAUUAUCGCGCAAUUGUAAUAAUAUAUUAUACUAAUCGCAUAAUUUAAGUUUAGUCUUAAAUGCAUGUUGCUGUUUUAAUAUGACUUGUAAAAAUGUAUAGUUUUUUACCAAUAAAGAUCUGAAAUCUGAAAUCUGAAUUUUGAAUUCGACUGAAACUAAAACUACUA